CUCUUGGCCCAUACGACGCUUGUUUGCUCGGCCGGGGCCUCCCUUCUCGGCCCCUCGUUGUUAUGAAUGAUGUCUCUCUCCGCCCUCCUCGUCCUCCUCCUAUGCCUUCUCACGUCCGUCCCUCCCUCUCUCCCUGAUGCCACUUCUCCUCCUAGAGGUUACUUCAUCAACUGUGGCGCGUCCAAGGAGGAGACGUUAAGUGGAAUCCGAUGGACAUCAGACACAGAAUUUAUAAGUGUCGGGAAUGUAUCCGAGAUCAAAGUUGCAGGUGUUGUGCCCAUACUUUCUCAAGUAAGGUAUUUCCCCGACAAGUCGGCUCGAAAGUACUGCUUUGUGUUCCCCGUCAACAAAGAAGGCAAGUACUUGGUCCGAACAACAUACUACUAUGGAGGCUUCGAUGGUGGCUCGGAGCCCCCGGUGUUCGAUCAAAUCAUUGAAGGUACGAAAUGGAGCACCGUUAACACGAGUGCACACUAUGCCAAUGGUCUCACCUCCUACUACGAGAUCAUUGUGGUAGCACAAGGGAAGACAUUAAGCGUGUGCUUGGCUAGGAAUAAUCACACAGUCUCAAGCCCGUUCAUCUCCGCCGUCGAGUUGGUGAAUUUAGAGGAUUCCAUGUACAACUCAACCAGUUUCUCAAAGUAUGCACUAAGUACGGUUGCCCGCCACUGCUUUGGCUCCUACGGUCGAAUCAUGAGCCAUCCAGAUGAUCCAUUCAACCGAUACUGGGAGCCUUUUGAAGAUGAAAAUCCAGUGGUCGACUGCCAUUCGAAUGUGUCGUCGAAGGACUUUUGGAACUUCCCACCGGCGAAGGCGAUGCAGAAAGCUCUCACAACCAGCAGGGGGAAGGAACUCGUCGUCAAAUGGCCGGCUGCAGCACUCCCUAGUGCUAUCUACUAUGUGGCACUCUACUUCCAGGACAACCGAACCCCGAGCCCGUUCAGCUGGAGGACGUUCGACGUGUCGGUGAACGGCAAGGACUUCUACAAAGGCCUCAAUGUUUCUACUGCAGGUGUCAUGGUCUUCGGGACACGGUGGCCGCUCUCGGGGCAGACCCAAAUCACGUUGACACCUCAUGGGAAUUCCCCUGUUGGGCCACUCAUCAAUGCCGGAGAGAUUCUUCAGGUGGUGCCUCUUGGUGGGAGGACUCGCACUAGAGAUGUGAUUGCGAUGGAGGAGCUUGCAAGAAGGUUUGACAAACCACCGCCGGAUUGGAGAGGAGAUCCUUGCUUGCCAUCUUCGCAUUCAUGGACCGGAGUGUAUUGUGUGGGAUCCGAUAUUCUCCGAGUAGUCAAGCUGGACUUGACAGACCAUGGCAUUUCAGGGACGCUGCCUGACGUCAUUAACGACUUAACGGCACUGACGCACAUUUGGCUCGGUGGGAACAAACUCUCUGGUUCCAUCCCGGACAUGACCAAUCUAAAUAACUUGGUUUCCUUGCGCUUGUCAAAAAAUGAGUUCACUGGAGAAAUCCCUCCAUGGCUCGGAAAGCUCGAAAGCCUUAAAGAGUUGCACCUCCAAGAGAAUAAGUUUACAGGCAAGGCUCCUGAGAGCCUGAGAGGCAGGAGUGGACUAGAUCUGCAGCUUAGUUCAGAAAAUCAAUUUGACAAGAGCUAAUCAAAGAUGGAUGAUCCCGGGAGUGCCGAAAUGUUCUCAAACUCUUCUUGCUCAUGCUAAGCUUGAGACUGAUUUUUUCCUUCAAACACUUCAGGUUGGUCUCAAGGCAGGAAGAGAGUGGAAUGAGGACACUAUACUUGCAUUUGUAAUUAUGAAGUGCUCUUCUUGAAACCCUUUGCUUUGUUAAUUAGUUGAAUGCAAUCUGAAAAUCCGGUGCACCAUAUAAUCGCCCAAUAUAUGUAUGUAUUAAUAUAAGUAAUGCAACUUUCUUUUGUAGUGUCUCUCAAAAGAAUUUUUUGCUCUCUCAGAAACCUUUUUGGAGAGGAAAGAGAUUAUCUCUUUCCCUGGAAAUUCUAUUACUUUCUUUUAAUUGUUUUAAAGAAA